GGUUAGAGCAUCUUCAAGGGUCUCUCCAAAUCAGUUUUGCAUUUAAGGUUAUUUGCAAAGUCUCAAAACAAAAUGCAAAGCCUAAAAAGAUGUCUAUUCCAAGGACCUUUGCAAAACUGACUUGGCAUACUCUAUUUUGCCAAACCUAGAGUCCUCUGCAUAAAUGCCAAGUUGGGAGGAAGAUUUGCAAAAUUUGCACAAAUGCAAAACUCAUUUGCAAAACCAUUGGAGCCCCUUUUUGUGGUUUUUUGCAAAUUACCAAAUACAAAACUGAUUUGAAGAGGCCCUUCAAUGCUCUAGCUUCUAUCUCGGCUGAUUAUCCCGGUGGUUGGAUGACUUGGAUCCGUGUCUUUUGUCUGUUCCGGUAGAUCCGCGCGCGGCUUGGCCUUGCCGUGGCAGUCUGGCAGAGGCAGAGGAGCGCGCGUAACUAACUUGAUGAGAGCCACACCGAACCGAUGCGGGUGGUGCCACUCGGGGCGCGCGGCCAUUCUUCUUCUUCUUCGUCGUCGUCGUCGUCGUCUUCAUGGAAGCCGUGAAGAAGGCUGAGCGGAGGACGGCUGCUGCUGCUGCUGCGGCCGAUGGCGCACAGGCACAGCGGCGGCCGCUGGCGCCGUCCGAGAAGAACAAUGCGGCCCCGACCGGUCGGCGAACAGAGGGCCCUUCCCGGUUCAAGCCCGUCGCGCCACCGGCUGCUCCUGGAGCAAGGCGGUGCAGUUCCCCGAGCCCCGGCGCCGGCGGCCGCGCAUCUGCUGCAGACGGCGGCGGCGGCUCGGCGACGUGCAACAACAGAGCGCGGUCGGCUGACCGAGCAAGGCCUGCCGCGGCAUCGCCUGCCCCGUUGUCUUCUCGGCUGAAGCCCUCCACCGCAGCAAGGUCUGCGUCUGCCGUGCCUCCACGUGACGCGGCCGCCGCCGAUGGACACAGCACUCCUCCCCGCGCAAUGAAUGCCAAGAAGGCCUCCGGUGACCUGUGCUCAUCGGCGUCGGCGCGGAGCUCGUCUCCCCUGCUUCGGCCACGGCCAGAGCAAUCCCCUGCUAGUAAGGUAGACAGGCUGGUCCAGGGCUUACCUUCCGAGCAGGCCAAGCUGAGGCCAGCAGGAGCUCUGGCCGAGAGGAAGAGGAGUCCUCGUAGAGGGAGCACCAACAACGCCGGCGACACUUGUGAAAACGCUCGGCCUCCGGAGUCUCCUGCCAACCCCAACAGCGUCAUCGAGAAACACCGGUGGCCGGGGAUGAUGACUGGCCGUGGCCGGGGCUCUGCCUCUGCUGGUCUCACCACUUCCACAAGCGCUGCUGCUCCUGCUGAAAAGGCUAGCAGGUCGUCAGAUGCUUCAGCAGGACGUUCUCCGAGGAGGACGCAUCCAUCUGAUUCUGAAGGCACAGCAGGCAAAAGCCUGAAGCGACCAUCCAACGAGAUGGCAAAGAUUGUUCACCGGAGAAGGAAAGACAGGGCAGCUGACAACUCCAGCAGCGACGACACCUCUUCGCAGACGUCGGAAAGCUCUAAAUCCACUUGUCGCCGGAACAGGGCCACUUCUUCGCCCGUUGCAGUUCUGCACCGGUCGUCGUCACCGUCACCGAGACAGGGCUUGUUGUCAGCUGCAUCCUCUGCUUCCAGGUCCUGCUGCCAGAGCCCGUCGCGGAUGAUGAGGCCGUCAGCACCUUGUUGCCAAUCAAAAUGUGCGUCUUCUUCGGCUGCUCAGUCAGUUGCUGAACAGCAUGUUUUUAACUACAUCGUUGAUGAUGCGCGGAAAGGGAAGAAGAGUGCAGGCCAGAUUGAGAACAUACAUCAGCUUCGUCUGCUGAGCAAUAGAUAUCUGCAGUGGCGCUUCGUAAAUGCGCAUUCAGAAGAGACACUGUCCCGUAAAAAUAGUGUUGAGAGUAUUCUUUACAGUGUUUGGAAAACUGUCUUGACGCUGCGGGACGCUCUAACAAUAACAAGAACCAAUGUGCGACACCUGCAGCAAGAAGUGAAGCUGUAUGCCAUUCUAACAGAGCAGAUUGGUUACCUUGAGCAAUGGCCUGUAGUAGAAGAAGAAUGCAAGGAUACAUUAGUUGAGGCAACAGAGGCUCUUAAAGCAAGCACGCUUCGCCUUCCGGUUACAUCAGGAGCACAUGCUGACGGAAUUGCAGUUAGGAAUGCUAUAAGCUCAGCCGUUGAUGUUAUGCAAGCUUUGAGUUCCUCUAUUGACUACGUGCAAUCAAAGGUCGAAGAUAGGACAUCUUUGGUUUCUGAACUUUCGGUUCUGGCAAGACAGGAAAAGGUCGCUCUUGAUCAAUGCAGAGAGCUCUUAGCUACGGCAGCAAAACUGCAGGUGCAGGAGGCCAGCCUUCGCACGCUUCUGAUGCAACUGCGGCAGAUAUCUGCUGGAUGAUGAUGAACUGACCAAGAUGAACGAACUAACCAUGGUUUUGACAUCAACAUGCCAACAUCAGCCUACUCGAACAUAGUCCUACCAAAGUAAACAGUAAUCUGUGGAGAUGAGUAACAGACUAUGCAUACUGCACAUAUACAACCAUACACACCAUCUGUCCUUGGGCUAUGGAGGGCGCUCUACAUUUCUGCAAGUCUGCAGCUAACAGCGAACUCACUGUGCUUACAAAUUAUUUGAGGAAAGAAAAGGUGUAAAUGAUUUUCACCGUAUUGUAGUUCUUUUUUGUUUGUUUUCUCUUCAAUCUUCAUAGGCGAUGUUAGUUGUUUCUUUCAGGGGCCAGUCUCUCUUGCCAGCUGUUCCCACUGUACAUCUUUGACUUUUGACAAGUGGUGAAAAAGAAAAGUAAAGAUAGAAAAAGAGCCGUCAACGAA